AUUUCCUCUGGACUCAGUAACUCUCUGCUCUCAGACAGUGUGUGACGUCAGAGCAGAACUACAUGAUCAAACCAACAAUGUGGAACUGAUUCCUCAGCACGCUUCAAGUUGUUCAAACAUGGAUCCUGUUCCAGAUCUGACCAUCGUCCUCCUGGGAAACUCCGGAGUCGGUAAGAGUGCUUCAGGAAACACCAUCCUGGGCCGAGAAGAGUUUGAGUCCAAACGAUCCUUCAAAGCUGUGACGACACAGAUCUGUGAUAAAACUAAGACUGUGUUUGGGAAACAGAUCCGAGUGGUGGACACUCCAGGAAUAUUUGGAUCUGAGGAACAGAUUGGGACCUGGUGUCAGGAGCAUCUGCAGUCCGGCAGACCCUGUUUGUUCCUGGUGGUGGUUAAAAUAGAUCGAUUCACCACCGAGCAGAAGAACGCUGUGGAGGCAGCUCUCAGAGUCAUCGGAGGUCAGAAGAACAACACCUUCCUGCUCUUCUCUUCAGGAGAUGCUUUAGAUAACAGUUCAUUAGAUGAUUUCAUCAACGACGAUCCAGAAGGCCCACUUCUACCGGUGGUUAAAAGCUUUGAAAGAAGAUAUCAUGCCUUCAACAAUAAAGAUGGAGGACAGCAACAAGUCAGAGAGCUGCUGGAGAAGUCAGGUCACCUCAGAGUGGAAACCAGCACCAGAGCUGAACUGAGCCCUCCGUCUGUCCAAACACGGAGCCACCGGGCCAGUGAAAUUGAUCCUGGAGAGCUGGUCAGGAGGAGGAUGGUGCUGCUCGGUCUACCUGGAGGAGGGAAGAGUUCAUCGGGGAACACCAUCCUGGGAUCAGAUCAGUUUGAACCAGGCUGUGACUUUGAUCCUGUCACUACAGAGACUGGAUCAAAGUCUGCAGUGGUGGAGGGUCGAAGUGUCACAGUGGUCGAUACUCCAGGAAUCACUAACGAAGUUCUGACUCCCAAAAAGCUGUUCCUGGAGAUCAAGAAGUCCAUAGCUGAGGGCGGUCCAGGUCCACAUGCCUUCAUGAUUGUGGUCAGAAUCGGCAGAAUCACCAAAGCAGACGUUACACUGUUUCAGUUAGUGCCAAAAUUGUUAGGCAGUGAUGCUGCUAAGUACGCAAUGGUCCUGUUCACUCAUGGAGACGGAUUAAAAAAAAAGUCCAUUGAGGAGUUGAUCAACACCAACAAACAUGUGUCUGACCUGGUCACCUUGUGUGGUGGUAGAUUCUGUGUGUUAGACAACAACCAGAGAGGAAACAGGCAGCAGGUUAGAGAGCUUCUGGGUAAAAUAGACAAGAUGGUGGCAGCUAGUGGGACAGAGCACUACACCUCUGAGAUGUUUAAGAAGGCUCAGACUGGCCAAAUGUAUCUAUAUGUAAAGUGGGAGGAUGUACGUGAGUGGUUUGAAAGGCUGCUCAAGGAAAUUGAGGAAUUGAGAAAGGAAGAUUUCAAAUUUUGGGGCAAGAAAAAAAAAGAGUGUGAAAUGGCCCGGAUUAGUGCGUAGACUUGGAAACGUUGGGAGUUGAAGUCUUGGAUGGAGGUGUGUUUGGGGGAUGGGACUAUUGUUUAAAGGUAAAGCGACCUUUCUUGAGACUAUAUGAUUCUCAGAUGAAAGCCUAACAGUGAGUCUUCCACAUUUUACAGUUUGACCUCAUAAAAUAGCUGCAGUUAUAGUUACAGGGCCUUGGGCUGUGGUGUAAACGAAGGCCACUUUUCCAUCAAAUACACUGAUCUUAAUUGUCCAAAAAUGACCUCUGUCCUUGUUAAAAGUCCGGUUCCUUUGGGUUGUCAGAGAUGCCUAUUUUGCAGAUGGAGCGUUUCUUCCUCUGUCUGAAUCCUCGUACAACUUUGGCUCUCUCAAUCAGAAGCUUUUGGUGUCCCAGUAUAGCCAUAUAUGGAAACGAACUUUAACGUUAGCCUUAUCUUUUGUCUUUUAAUACCAUGUCCUUGGGAUGAUCUGGUCAGAGCUGACUCAGCUGUAUCCAUGUGUGCUGUUAAUGGCACUAAAAUAGACAACUUUCAAUUGAAGCCAUCUGAAGGCUUGUGAGGUCAAGCAUCGGAGAAUUAGGUUCAUCAAGACAUGUCACAUUGAUGUUUAAUGUAAAUAAAAUCAGUUAAUUUUUUAAUUAGUUAGUUUAGUUGUUAAGUUUUUUCGGUCGACUACUCCUCCAUGAGUUUUGGUCACAUACACUAAAAAGGUAUCAAAUCUCCCGGCUCGGCCAUGACAAGUGUGCUAUGACUUUUCUAAGAGUUUCACCAAGCGGUUUUCAAAUUAUUCGGCAAAAACACGCCAAAAAAUCCCCCCAAUGUAACCCUAUGGAGAGGCUAGAAUGGAUGACAUCAUCACUAGUGUGCAGAGGGAGAGAAAAAUUUGUCAAAAAAUAAAUUAGUAAACUGCGUUCGAGGCCGCAGAUACCACUCUACAGAAAUAAUUUAUAGAUAUAAACGUAGUAAAAUGUGUCUUCUCCCUCUAAUUGGUGUGGUAAAGCUGUCAGAGUUCUAGUUUGAUCCACCAACACCACCCACAGCCCCAUAGACUGCCAUGGGAAAAAGGAGGGUACAUUUCUGGAGGAAAGCAGAGCUACCAGUUUCUUCUGAUCGCUCUAAAAAACUAUUUCUUCUUUUUUCUUCACAAAACACAUAUGUAGACGUUGAGGAAGAACUGAGGAUGCUCAAAGUGAAGUCGGAUCACUGAUAGGAGCUACGGAUUGAAAAUUAAAAUGGUUUUUGUUGGAGGAGAACUUCCAGCUGUUUUUCUGUCUCAGUGGCGUCAAAUGUCACAGGAGCAGCUGAUUUCAGUUGAUUGCUCUGCUCUGAUUGGUGGCCGCCACCUGGCCCUGGUUGCUAGGCUACCAGAGCCGUUGUUCAUUUUAUCUUUUAUUUUUUAACUGCUUUUUGAGAUGUUCAUAUACAACAAUAUAAUUUGUCGAUCUCUGAACUGCUGACACAUUUAUAAUGCAUAAAAGAUCCUCUGUCAAAGUAUGAUAAAUAAUUCAAAAGCAUCUGAAACAUGAUUUCUGAAUCUGUAUAAGGUGUUCUGUUGAUUCUGAUAUGUUGAUAAUCUGUUGAUCAGUUUGUUUAUUUCAUUUCAUACUAAUAAACACAGAUGUAUAUCCACCCA